AUGUCUUUGGGGGUGGACGAGUUUGUGUUAGGGGUUGAACGUGUAGCAAGGGACUGUGCGUAAUAUAUGUGCGUGGGUGUUAAGUAGUCACGUCAAAAGACAGUCUGCAGAUAGAGAGACAUAGGCAGAGAGAGAGAGAGAGAGAGAGAGAGAGAGAGAGAGAGAGAGAGAGAGAGAGAGAGAGAGAGCGAUGAUGAUGAUGACUCCGCCUAAUAUACCACACUAACAUCCAGAAGCUCCACUUGAGAAAAGACGGCGGAGGCAUCCACAGGACGCAUCUCCUCCUCGGCCUUGAUGGACUCUCUGUGAACCCGGGAAGUGGAGGUGUGCAGGUGGGGCUGGGCAAAAAAAGAAAAGAAAAAAAAAGCACAACCCGGGGGGGGUGCCCGCGACGAUGACCGGCUUGCAGUAUUCGCCGCCGCCGCCGCCAUGUCCGUGGAGCGUUUCUUGAGGUGUGGUUGAGAAAACGUCCGAAACGACACGACGAGGAAGACGAGGAGAAGGAGGAGGAGGAGGAGGAGGAGGAGGAGGUGGUGGCGGUGGAGUGCUGGUGGAAAAGAUGUCCGCCUCGGUGGGGCCACGGAGCGGCCCUCGCCCACCCGCGGUGCCGCCAUCCAUGCCGGACCUUCCGGACUUGAGCCAUCUCACCGAGGAGGAGCGGGAAAUCAUCAUGGCAGUGAUGGCUCGCCAAAAGGAAGAAGAGGAGAAAGAACAAGCCAUGUUAAAAACACUGCACCAGCAGUUUGAGAGCUAUAAACAGGAGGUGCGGCGCAUCGGCGCGGAGACACGGCGUCAGCAGACACAGCAGAAGGAUGACGCACCCACCUGUGGCAUCUGCCGUAAGACCAAGUUUGCGGAUGGCUGUGGUCACCUGUGCUCCUACUGCCAAACCAAAUUCUGUGCCCGUUGUGGGGGCCGAGUCUCCCUGCGCUCCAACAAUUGUAUCAUAGUAAAGGACAGGGUAAUGUGGGUAUGCAACCUGUGCCGUAAGCAGCAAGAGAUUCUCACCAAAUCAGGAGAAUGGUUUUCAGAGUCAGGAGUGCGGCCUGGGAGCCUGGGCUCCACCUUGAAUGACCCAGCCACAGGGGGUGACGUCCAACGGGAUAGGAAGCUACUCCGCUCCAAGUCUCAAGCCCCGUCCUCUACAACUAACAGCAAUACAGAGCUGCCACGCAGGACACAGGGGCCUGCUGGCGGUACUGCCUCUCAGGCUCCAGACACCAUGCCUGGUACUCGCUCCCAAAGUGUACCACUUCGAGAAAAAAAACGGCCAGUUUCCUACCAUGAACAAAAUGGUAGGGGAGGCCUGGGGCAUGGUACCGGCCGGAGGUCUGCCGGAAAGUUGCCAUCUCAGUCAUCUUUGGAUGAGAGGGUCAGCCCUGGGGACCGACGAGAGAGACAACCAAGAGAUGGUCACAGGCUGGAAAAGAUCCAUUCUCAGGAGUAUAAUGAUGGGGAAGACAACUUGGGUCAUUUACAAAGAAACCGAAGACGACCAGAGGAUGAUGAACAGAGGGAGCGGCAGCUACGUGAGGAGGAGUUCCAGAACCGUUAUCGUAGUGACCCCAACCUUGCUCGAUACCCUGUUAAGCCACAAAAGGAGGAACAGGAGAUGCGCAUGCACGCCAAGGUAUCCAAGGUCCGCCACGAACGUAGACACAGUGAUCUUGCAAUUAACGAGGUCGGACUGGGGCCUGGUGAUGGAGGAGGCUGUGAAGCGCAGGUGACUGAAAGCCGUCUGACCAGGAGAGGAAACCGCAAAGCCCAAACAGAAAACUAUCGUGCGUACUCUGUGGAAAGGACCGUGGGGGAACCUGGGGGACGGGCACCUCCUGAUAAGAUGGGCUGCUUUGAGUCAGGUUUAGCACACACGGCAAGAGACAAAGGUGGGGACAAGUUGUUGAGGAAGGACUCUCAAAGUUCGGAACAGUCUGAGUCUUUGCGACCGCCCCCUUCGCGCUCGUACAAGAGCAAGCGCGGAGUAAACAAGAGGCAGAUGUCCAUCAGCAGCUCAGAGGAGGAGGGCGGCUCCACGCCUGAGUACACCAGCUGUGAGGACGUGGACAUGGAAAGCAUCAGCGAGAAAGGUGAUUGGGACUGUCAUCCGCUUGAUCCCACAGUGUGGCAUCAUCCAGUAACGUGGCAGCCAUCGAAAGAAGGCGAUCAUCUGAUUGGACGUAUCACGCUGAGCAAGAGAUCGGCAAUGCCACGAGAAGCUGGUUCCCUCCUGGGCCUAAAAGUUGUUGGUGGGAAGAUUACAGAGACCGGAAGACUUGGGGCCUUCAUCACCAAAGUAAAAAAAGGAAGCCUGGCAGAUGUCGUGGGACAUCUAAGAGCAGGUGAUGAGGUGUUGCAGUGGAAUGGGAAGUCAUUGCCAGGGGCAACCAAGAAAGAGGUGUACAACAUAAUUCUUGAAUCAAAAGCUGAGCCUCAAGUGGAACUUGUUGUUUCAAGACCCAUAGGCUCUAUUCACCGAAUUAUGUCCAAAAACCUCUUGAGAAAAGUAUAUAAAGCAUAUCAGGACAUUCCUAGAAUCCCAGAGUCAUCUCAUCCUCCUCUCGAAUCUACAGGUUCUAGUUCCUUUGAGUCACAGAAAAUGGACCGUCCCUCUAUAUCAGUGAUGUCCCCAACAAGCCCAGGAACCCUGAGAGACCUUCCUCUGGUACUGCCUGGACAACUGUCGGUGAAACUUUGGUAUGACAAAGUAGGCCAUCAACUCAUCGUCAACGUCCUUCAAGCCAUAGACCUGCCAUCCCGACCGGAUGGACGCCCUCGGAACCCAUAUGUCAAGAUGUAUUUCCUCCCAGACAGAAGUGACAAGAGUAAACGUCGGACAAAAACCGUGAAAAAGAGCGCAGAGCCCAAGUGGAAUCAGACCUUCAUAUAUUCACAUGUUCACCGCAGAGAUUUUCGCGAGCGCAUGCUAGAGAUCACCGUCUGGGACCAACCCAGGGUCCAGGAAGAGGAAAGCGAAUUCAUGGGCGAGAUCCUGAUAGAGUUGGAGACCGCCUUGCUGGAUGACAUUCCUCACUGGUAUAAACUCCAGACACAUGAUGUGUCCUCAAUACCUUUGCCUCAGCCUUCCCCAUACCUUCCACGCAGACACGUUCACGGAGACAGCCCCAGCAAGAAACUACAGAGGUCUCAUCGCAUCAUUGAUACUGAGUUUGAUGAUGGUUUGAUGAUAGUGACUAAAGGAGGAGAGCAUAGUUCCAGGGAACGAGAGCGAGGCAGUACGUUGGCUGUGCCCGAACAGCAGCGUGCCUUUCAGCAUCGAUCUCGCUCUGUAUCUCCUCACCGAGAGGAUUCGUGCAGGGCGAGGUCGCGGCCUGCACAUGUGCCCAUGCAAAGGAGCCUGGAUGAGAUUCAUCAGAACCGCCACCACUCUCGGUCACCUUCCCAUGACCAUGAUUCCCAUUUGGAGCACCAACGCUCUGGUGACUCAGACUACGAGUACUCUGAAGACAGUGAGGCCCUGGAGAUGCACAGGUCAAUCCGAGGCGGGAGUGCAGAGUGCCUACACACAAACAGGGGUGCAUGUAGACAUAGCAACACACUCCCCCCCAAAAUGCCCCUGUUAGUAAAUGGUAUCCAUAAAGACAUGUACAGCUCCACCCUCCCUGCAUGUCUAAAGAGCAAGGUGCCCCAAAGGCAAGAGGGGGGCAACAACAUGCAUCGUAGUAUCUUUGCACACCGUGUGCUCAGGUUCACUGAUGAGGUCACAGUUAGUGACCUGCAGCCAUCGUUGGAUAGAGUGAGGAGUGCCAGCACCACAUGUCUGAGACCAGACACCAACUUUCACUCUCCUGACACAGACAGGUGCUCCAAUUCAUUGCCCUGCAAGAUCCCCUCAAAUCCCAGGAUCUUAGUAGAACACGUGGCACCUGAAGAAGACAGCAGGCAGUGUAGCAAUACAUCAAGUCCAGACUGUCUAAAAGGCAGCAAAAAAAACCUGGAGGGUGACAGUCGAAUCCAGCCCACCUCUAUCCUCAGGGGCAGUAGGGGCAAAGGGUGGGCACUGAGACCCUUUGGCCAGACAGCUUUGGCUGGGUCCUCUCCAAACUCUCCGCAGACAGACAGAACACACCCUCACGGUAGCCCCUCUUCCCCAGUGGGGACUAACUCAUCAGGUCGCAGGGGCCGGCAGCUUCCACAGCUCCCGGCUAAAAGCAGCAGCAUAGAACAAGCCCUUGCAGUUGAAGAGCGAGCCCGACAGCUGCAUAUGAAAGUACAUUCCUACCGGCCUUCAGCCUCCCAUGACCCUGAGUCAGACCUCAAGAAUAAACGGGAGAUGUUUGCAGAACAGCGACGAAGCAGCGACAACAUGUCUGCAAGGUCAUCAGACAGCGAUAUGAGUGAUAUGUCAGCUCUCUCCCGUGCCAGCAGUGCCUCUCACCUCAGUAGCACCAGCUACAUGUCUAUCCAGUCAGAACGCCCUGGGGGACGUCUUAGGUCUAAGUCAAUAGAGGAGGAAAAAAAAGACAGGAGGAUUUCAUGGGGGGUGACUAGGGAAGAGGAGAGGAAGAGGGCGUCAGGAAAGAGACGUUUCUCAGAAGAAUUGAAGCGCAGGAGGCACACUGUAGCUGGAGAAACGGACGAGUCCAGUCGGCAGAUGAGAGCAUCAGCGGGACGCAGCAUGCUCAAGAGCUCCAGUGUGAGUGGGGAGAUCUAUACCCAGGAGCGCACAGAUGGCAGUCAAUCAGAUACAGCACUAGGCACAGUGGGUGGAGGCAGCAAGAAGAGACGCUCAAGCCUCAGUGCACGGGUGGUGGCCAUUGUUGGAAACCGCCGCAGCCGCAGCACUUCCCAGAUAAGUGGCCCUGAGGCAAAGACUAAAAAGGAGAAAGGAGCACCAAUUCAGAGGAGCACAGAGACCGGCAUGGCAGUGGAACUGACCAGGAAUAUGAGCCGGCAGCCCAGCAGAGAGUCCAACAAUGGCAGCAUGAACAGUUACAACUCUGAGGGGAAUAUCUUUUCUGGGGUCAAUCUGGGAGCCAGCAGCCAGUUCAGUGACUUUCUGGAUGGCCUGGGUCCGGCUCAGUUAGUGGGCAGGCAAACACUGGCUACACCCGCAAUAGGUGACAUCCAGAUAGGUAUGAUGGAGAAAAAGGGUCAGCUGGAGGUGGAAGUCAUCAGAGCGCGAGGUCUUGUGCAAAAGCCAGGAUCGAAAUCUCUCCCAGCACCUUAUGUCAAAGUGUAUCUGCUGAAUAAUGGAGCGUACGUUGCCAAAAAGAAAACAAAGAUUGCACGGAAAACACUUGACCCACUGUACCAACAAGCACUGCUGUUCGAAGAAAGUCCACAGGGAAAAGUCUUACAGGUGAUUGUAUGGGGAGACUAUGGCCGCAUGGACCAUAAAAGCUUCAUGGGAGUUGCACAAAUCCUCCUAGAGGAGCUGGACUUAUCAAGCACAGUAAUUGGUUGGUACAAGUUGUUCCCACCUUCUUCUUUGGUGGAUCCGACUCUUGCUUCCCUCACACGGCGAGCUUCUCAGUCAUCACUCGACAGCUCCUCUGGACCACCCGGGGUCCGAUCCUAGUGGAUGAACAGCUCAACACCGCUCUGCGAGUAAUUAACUCAUGACAUGCACAGAGAGAGAAAACUAAAUCAGAAAUGUAGAGCAACAACAAUCAGAAAACACAUCACAACAAGAAAGCUUUGUUGAGAUCUGACAAUCAGUCCUGUUGUGGUUCAUUUAGUCUGUUCUGGGGGGCACCACUUUUCAGUGUUCCAUAACAAUUUCGAGAAGUAUCUCAGUUUUUCUUUGUGUACGCUGAAGAUUGGGGGCUGUCUACAGACAACCAGCAGUAGCUUUCAAGUUGGGAGAUGAUGAAGUUGAUAAAAGAUGAAUGCCAUGUGACAAAUGAAGCAGGGUGGCUUUUAGCUGAAUUAAGAUAAGCAAUGAAUUGUAUAUAAGCCUUGGAAUGUAUGAACUCGAGACAGAGGUAACCUCCCUCCACACCUGCAGGUAGUGUAAUGGCAUCCUAUGUGUAAGGGCCUCCUCUAGAACCCCAUCAGACUGCCAGCACCUCUGACCACGAGUGGGGUGCUUCCACAUGGGUAUUUAGUCUGGAAGCACAGGGCCUUCUUCUGGUGCCUACACCCUGAAGCCGCGUCACUGGCCCCUCUCUCUGUCAAAAGAUCCUCUAUUCAAAAUGUUUACCAUGGCUGCUCUAAAGCCAAACUGUCUUAGUGUGUUUGCUUUGUUGUCUUAUUUAUUUUUCCUCUGUUACUAUUGCACAAAAUGAUUUUAUAGUGUGUUAAAUGCUCAUGAUGUGUUGUCAGUCUGGCGUGUGCAUGGAGAGAGAGAAAAAAAAGCAAGCGAUAAAAAAGGAUAUGAAACAAUUUCUUGUCUGCAAGUCUUGUACAGGUAUGGGAGACUGGUGAUUAAGACACAUCGUUGUUUUGUAAUCAUGAAAUUGAAUUAAGUUGUCCUUGUAGAGAUGUGUAUUAGGCCUCCCAGGAGGAUGACCAAUAAAUAAACAUUGGUGUCACUAUUAAUUAAAUGUCACAGAAAUGCAUCGUCACUACAAAACCUGAAACAAGGAAAUCUUUUAUUUACCAAAGGAAAAGUUAGAUAUCGAUCAAAAUACCCUCACCCAAGCAUGUUUAAAUGUUUUUUUAUGGAACCUUUAUUUUAUGUUCUUUUGAGAAUUAAUCACAAGCACAAGAGCUUGAUUUUUUACAACUAAAAGUUUAACUUUUUAAAUGAAAAGACACAUAGUUUUGAAAAAGGAGAAAACUGACACAAUCGCUGAUCCGCUUCAUUUUGGUGUAGUUAUUAGAAAACAGAAAAGAGAAAUUGCUCACGCUUUUUAUGGUGCAACACUGUUCAUGUGAAAGUAACCAAUCAGACUGAUGUGUCAGGACAACAACAAUGCUCAUUCUCCAUUUGGCCUACGGACCCCUCUCACAUUCUCAGAAGGGGGCCGGUAUGACCUGUGCUGAGCUGCAUGCAGAUUUGUAUUUUUUUUUAAGGAAGGAAUCAGAUACUUGAAAAAAGAUACUGAACUCGAAAGUUUUUUUUUUUUUUUUUUUUUUUUCCCCCCCACUUAUUGUAGGGCCGCUUGUAUGUUGCAUGCAGUUGUACAGUUUGCUUGUAAUUGAAAAUUAAAGAGAAGAAGAAAAAAAACAGAAACUAAAGCCAUUCCCAUUCCACAAAUACAUUGGAAUCAAAUUGCAGUCUAUGCCAUGUCCCUCGGUCAGGUGCUGAACGUCUCUCAAACAGAAUCUGAAGAUUACGUUGACGUUGUUCCUCAUACCCUCCAACAAAUGUACUGUACUGUCGUCCUGAGCAGACCUCACAACCCCUCCUGCUGUUAUUCCACAUCAUUGUAUACCUCCAAGGAGCUGGUGUAUCAAUAAACAUGUACAGCGCAAAUGCAAAUCAGAUCAGCAUGUAUGGAAAUAUAACUGCUGUUUCAACAUAAUGUUGUGAGAUAGGAUGUCAUGCAUUAUGAAGUAUAAAAGCAAAUGCUGAGCGAGUGAUACACUGUAAAUAUUCAACAGCCAUUCACUCUGGGGCCAAGUCAUUUAAUGAGGAUUUAUUCAUCCACGGUUGGGGACAAUGCAAUGGGACAACUCAAGGUAAUAGACGGGUUUGCAAAGUCUGUAAAAGAUGUCUCAAUGAUCAUUUAAACUUUAAACCGCAAUGUAUGAAUCCCGGUCAAGUCCUGUCCCAUUUUGGAUUUGUUUUUUCUUUGUCAGUAUUAACAGGAAAACAUUGAUUGUUUACGUGUGUUCCACUGAAAGAAAAUAAUAAUAAAAAAAAAAGUCAGGCAUUGAUUUCAACAUUACUUGUUUGUAUAACAGAUGUGGCUCAAAUGAUGUGUAUGUUUUAUAUUUCAAAAAUAUAAUUUUUAUGAUUUACAAAUAAAAAGAAUGUGUGGAAGAAAA